GUCGCAAGAAACUGACAGAGCUGAGAGCAGCGGGAACGUUUCUAACGGAAGUUACAUUUUGAGGAAUUUUGACUGCAAACAUUUUAGACCUAAGGAGAAUGAGAAGAGCAAAGACGUUGAGUUUCUCUGAGGAGAAAGAUGAAGAAAUUGCAGAAUUUCCUGAAAACAGCUGUGUGUCAAUGAAGACUAACAAAUCAAUGAAUACUCCCAUUAAAUUCAAUGAUGGAGCCGUGACCUCUAACCCAGGGUUGGAUAGAGAUGAUCUUACUAAAGACCUGCAGCAAGAUUCUUGUAAACCAGUGAAUCUGCUGAAAGUUAAAAACGAACACAAAAUCAUCAUGAAGAUCAAGUAUGAGAGUUUAUUUGAGGGAAUUACACUUCAAGAGAAUCAAACCCUCCUGAAGAGGAUUUACACACAACUGUACAUCAUAGAAGGAGAGAGAGAAGGAGUGAAUGAAGAACAUGAGGUUUUACACAUAGAGAAAAACACCAGAACACAACAAUUACAAGACACAACAAUCUACUGCAAUGACAUCUUUAAACUCUUACCUGAACCAGAAUAUAAAACUGAGAAAAGAAGAGAGCGAAAAGACAAAAUCAAAAGCGUUCUUACUAAAGGCAUCGCUGGAAUUGGAAAAACCGUCUCUGUACAGAAGUUCAUUCUGGAUUGGGCAGAGGGAACGGCCAAUCAGGAUGUAGAUUUCAUGUUUGUGCUUCCAUUUCGAGAACUGAACUUGAUUCAAGAUGAUCGGUACAGUCUUCACAAACUUCUGCUUGACUUUCAUCCUGAACUCAAAGAUCUAAAUCCAAAGAUUUAUGAUGAGUGUAAAGUUGUGUUCAUCUUUGAUGGUCUGGAUGAAAACAGAAUGACACUGAUGUUUUCAGAUGCUAAGAAAGUUUCUGAUGUGACUGAGACUUCAUCAGUGCCUGUGUUGAUAUCAAACCUCAUGAAAGGAGAUCUGAUUCCUUCUGCUUUCAUCUGGAUCACCUCCAGACCAGCAGCAGCCAAUCAGAUCCCAUCUAAAUACAUCAACCGUCUGACAGAAAUACAGGGAUUCAAUGACGAUCAGAAGGAGGAAUAUUUCAGGAAGAGAAUCAGUGAUGAACAUCAAGCCAGCAGAAUCAUCUCACACGUCAGAAGAUCAAGAAGUCUCCACAUCAUGUGUCACAUACCAGUCUUCUGUUGGAUCUCAUCCACUGUCCUUCAAAACAUCCUGAAACAAGACAAUGAGAGAGCAGAAAUCCCUAAAACUCUGACUGAAAUGUACAUCCACUUCCUGCUGAUUCAGAUGAAUAUAAAGAAUGAGAAGUAUGAUGAGAGAGAUCCAGAGAAACUCCUGCAGUCCAACAGAGAAGUGAUUGUCAAACUGUCUGAACUGGCUUUCAAACAGCUGAUGAAGGGUAAUGUGAUGUUUUAUGAGGAGGAGCUGAAAGAGUCUGGCAUAGACAUCACUGACGCCUCAGUGUAUUCUGGGAUUUGUACUGAGAUCUUUAAGGAGGAAUCUGUGAUGCAUCAGAGGAAAAUCUACUGCUUCAUACAUCUCAGCUGUCAGGAGUUUCUGGCUGCAUUUUAUGUGUUUCAAUACUAUGUAAGCACAACAAUGGAAACCUUGAAGUAUUUUGCUUCAGUCCAGAAAUUGCUUAAAGGUGCAGUAGAUGAUGCCCUUAAAUGUGAAGCUGGACAUCUGGAUCUUUUCCUGCGAUUCCUGCUGGGCAUCUCACUGGAGUCCAAUCAGAGACUCUUAAAGGAUCUACUGACACACAAGGUGGACACCUCAGAAACUAUCAGUGAAAUCACACAGUACAUUAAAGAUAAAGUCAAGCAUAAUGAAGAUCUCUCUGCAGAAAGAGCCAUCAAUCUGUUUCUGUGUCUUCUUGAAGUGAAUGAUCAGACUCUGUACAGAGAGAUUGAGGAGUUUGUGAGAUCAGACAAACACUCAGAGAAGAAACUCUCUGCUGCUCACUGUUCAGCAAUAGCCUACAUGCUUCAGAUGUCAGAGGAGGUGCUGGAUGAGCUGAAUCUGAAGAAAUACAACACAACAGAGGAGGGGAGAAGAAGACUCAUACCAGCUGUCAGCAACUGCACAAGAGCUAUACUUGCUGACUGUAAUCUCACUGCCAAGUCCUGUGAAAUUGUGGCUUCAUGUCUCAGAUCUUCAAACUCCUCUGUGAGAGAUCUGGAUGUGAGUAACAAUGACCUGCAGGAUUCAGGAGUGAAGCUCAUCUCUGAUGCUCUCAAGAGUCCAGACUGUAAACUACACACACUGAGAUUAUCAGGUUGUAUGGUGACAGAUGAAGGUUGUUGUUAUUUGGCUUCAGCUCUGAGUUCAAACCCAUCAUCACACCUGAGAGAGCUGGAUCUGAGCUACAAUCACCCACAACACUCAGGACGCCAGAUGCUCUCUCAGAUACUCAAUGGUCCCAAGUGUACACUGGAGAAACUCAAUCUGAAGCAUGGAGGACAUUUUAGGAUCACACCAGGAUUGCGAAAAUAUGCGUGUGAUCUCACACUGGAACCGAACACAGCAAACGUUCGUCUCGUUCUGUCUGAAGGAAACAGAAAGUUGACGUAUGUGAAAGAUCCCCAGCCGUAUCCUGAUCGGUCAGACCGAUUUAAACACUACGAGCAGAUUUUGUCUAAAGAGAGUUUCUCUGGACGCCAUUAUUGGGAGGCUGAAUGGACCGGAUGGAGUUAUAUAGGUAUGACGUAUGAAGGAAUCAGCAGGGAUGGAGGAAAUCUGAGUAGGUUAGGAUACAAUGAAAUGUCCUGGUGUCUCUUCUGUAUUUCUGACAGAUACAGUGCUUGGCACAAUAACACAAACCGAGAUAUACCUGCACCUUCACCUCCAUCUAAUAGAGUAGGAGUUUAUCUGGACUGGUCGGCUGGCACUUUGUCCUUCUACAGCGUCUCUGAUACACAAACACUCACACACUUGCACACAUUCAACACAACAUUCACUGAACCUCUGUAUGGUGCUGUUAGAGUUUAUGACUGCUCUGUGUCUCUCUGUCAGAUUGAACAACAACAAACUGUUCACUAAAUUCUUAACUGGAGACACUGUUUUCUAUGAUCAUGUAUCUCUUCCACCAACACCUCACUUACUAAUGCUGCGUUCCAGAGCCCAUCCAAACCAGUGGGACGUGGGACUUAUCCUACCUCCAACUAGGAAAAGUGCACUGGAAUGCCUGUCGAAGUGGAACCUCCUACCGGCGAACUCGGGGGAGUUUGACCUACCCCGACUUCAGAAAAUGAAGUCGGAGGACAAUGGCGGCGCCCAUAAAUCGCGUCGUCGUCAGAGGAAAUCUUCAAGGAAUAGACUAUAAAUUGUACUUCUCUGCUUGUAGGGUUGUUUUAGACACUGUAAUUUUAACACAACUUGUUUUUUUAAUAUUAUGGCGUGAAAUUAUGUCGUUAUUAUCUGUUAGCAUGAAAAUACGGUAAAAGUAUACCAAGUUACUUAGCGACAUGCAGCGCUUUUAUAUAAUGGCCCCAGAACACUUUGUAAAGAUGUUUAACUUGAUGUUUUACUGUAGUGUGAACUGCACAGUUCAGACUGACGUUUAAAAGUCAUGUAGUCUUUACGAGCCUUAAGAAGAUCGGUCGGUCGUCCAUGUUUUCUGUUUACGUUCCACUUCAAAUGCCUGGAACGCUUUGAAGUAGGAGCUAGGACACUUCAGGAAGGAUAAGUCCCACGUCCCACUGGUUUGGAUGGGCUCUGGAACGCAGCAUAAUAUCUUUUUCUAUUUUCUAUUUUUAUAUUUAUCUUCUCUGUCAUUUAAAAAACUGACCCUUGGCUAUGUAUACAGUGUUAGACUUGUGAGACUAGUUCUAGUGCGCUUAUGUAUUGCUGUUCUUGUGUUGCUAUAAUUGCUUUUAUUGUUCACAAAGUGGCUUUGGACAAAAGCAUCUGUUAAAUGACUAAAUGUAAAUGUAUCUCAUAUCACUCUGUAAUUUAGCUUGCGUGUUUGAAUCAAUACAAUAAAAUAAUUUUAA